GACAGCUGCGAAGCAGGGGCCCUUCAGGAUCUAUUGGGUAGUGACCAGGUGUAGUUAGCUCAGGUAAACUCAGAAAGUGAGUUUGGGCUGGGACUCUGAUAGUCUGCAUUUAAGAUUUUUAGAGGAUCAUUAUUUGUAAAAUGAAUCCAAUUCCCUCAAACCUCAAAUCUGAGGCCAAGAAAGCUGCAAAAAUUCUGAGAGAGUUUACUGAAAUAAGUUCAAGAAAUGGACCUGACGUAAUUAUACCAGCUCACGUGAUAGCUAAAGCACAAGGACUUGCAAUCAUCUCGGUGAUUAAAGCUGGAUUUUUAGUAACUGCUCGUGGAGGCAGUGGAAUUGUAUUGAGUCGCCUGCCAGAUGGAAGGUGGUCUGCUCCUUCAGCAAUCGGCAUUGCUGGACUUGGUGGGGGUUUUGAGAUUGGAAUUGAGGUAUCCGAUUUGGUGAUAAUCCUGAAUCAGAAGCGUGCAGUUGAUGCUUUUGCAAAAGGGGGAAAUCUCACAUUAGGUGGAAAUUUUACAGUCGCAAUUGGGCCCAUUGGCAGAAACUUAGAGGGAGAUGUUGCUGUUAGGAGUUCAGCUGCUGUCUACACCUACUGCAAGUCACGUGGGUUGUUUGCUGGAAUAUCAUUAGAAGGAUCUUAUUUGAUUGAAAGAAAAGAGACCAAUCGCAAGUUUUACUGCGAAGACAUCCGAGCAUGUGCAAUUUUGUAUGGCGAUGUUGAGCCUCCAGCUGUGGCCCAUGAGUUGUAUGACAUACUGGAUACAUUUAAUGAGCAAUACCAGAAGGAAGAACAACGUGGAAAUAAGAAAAAAGUAAUAAGAGCACAAGCAAGGGCCAAAGAAUCACAAAAGUCCUCACCCAGACCACAACGUAUGCAGCCAUCCGUGAAUGGAGGAUUAAGAGAUAAUCCGUGGGAAAUGCCUUCAACUGUGACAGCAAUGCACUCGUUUGAGGGACAAGCACCAGGUGACCUGAGCUUCCGUGCAGGUGAUAAAAUCACUGUAACAACCCGAACUAAUUCUCAGUUUGACUGGUGGGAAGGAAAACUCCAUGGAAAUGUUGGCAUUUUCCCAGCUAACUAUGUAUCUGUUUCCCAAGAUUACUGAUUGUUAAUCACACAUUUAGCAUUGCCAAAUGUUGUCCUUUGAUUUGUUACAAUAUGAAGACUAUAAGCCUUAUAUGAACAAAUUUGGUCUUUAAAUAUACAUAAAUAAAUAGAUACCUAAUUAAUACGCAAAGCUGCCACAAUAUUUUUCUAUUCAUAAACCAAAUCCAGGAUGUUCAAUGUUACAUAACUGCCAAGAUUUGCUUGUGCACCAUCGAUACUUUUAUUAUUCAGAUAUCUAUUUUCUAGAACAUAUUUUAUAUAGU